AGCACCCUUCAUGGCGAGUGCGAACGUCCUGCGAUCUGUGGAAGGCAGUCUGAUCAGAGUCCAACCGGUUUCAUUCAUGGUUGGGCAUUCCAAACACGGGCAACGUAUCACAAUGGCAUUUGGCCUCGCGAACGGAAAUCUGUCGUAGAUAGAUCCUCAUUUAUUCACGAUGCGACCUCUAAUAGCCGUCCUUCUCGUCAUCGGGUUCACCUUGUCCAAUGUGAACGCGCUGUAUUUCUACCUAGAAGGGUCGGCUAAGAAAUGUUUUAUUGAGGAGCUACCUGCCGACACGACUGUAGUUGGCAACUACAAAUCUGAGUUGUUCUCAGAAUCCUCAAACAGCUACUCUGCUGACCACGAGAAUAAAAUCCAGAUAUCGGUCGAGCACCUCGAAAGCCGUCACGUUAUUGUGAACCAAAAGGGAGAUCCCAAAGGACGUUUCACCUUCUCUACAGCCGAUGCUGGGGAAUAUGCCAUUUGCUUUUCGACUACCAGUAAUGGAUGGUUCUCGGAUUCAAGCAAGACUAAAUUGCAUCUUGAUUUGCUCUUUGGAGACGCAACACACGAUAACUUACCUGACGCGAAGAAGGAGGCAUUGAGCGACUUGGCACUGCGUGUACGUGAGCUGAACGUUAAGGUCGCAAGUAUUCGUCGGGAGCAGCAAUACCAGAAGGAACGCGAAGUCGAGUUCCGAAACACCAGUGAAAGAGCCAACUCACACGUUCGCAACUGGACUCUUGCUCAGCUCCUAGUUUUGGGAGUCACCUGUCUAUGGCAAAUUCGGCAUCUCAAGAACUUUUUUGUUGCAAAGAAACUUGUGUAAAACUGCCGUCCAAAGACGAUAUGUUUCUAUCACUAAUAUAUACAACUCAAUUGCAUCCGAUGGCCAAGUCCACUCAAUUCAAGUAACAAGAGGAGAUUGAAAUCUCAACAUCUUGUCUGUUGUCUAGCACCAGAUUGGUGGUCAAUGGUUGAUUGUACUACUGAGGCGUGGCUUGAGUUGUUGAGUGAAAAUCUAGUACCUCCUGUACCAAAUGUGGUGUUAACAGAAUAAAUUUCCCUUGCUGGCCUGAUGA